GGACUGCUGUAAUGGGGCCACCCAAAGAAUGCCAACUCAAGAGCCUUAGGGUCUGCUGCCUCAGGAAAACCUCCAGAGCCAGUGUGUUUAUCUGGAGAAUACAUACAAGUACAUAUGUGUGGACACCUUAAGUGUUGAAGGAGGAAUGGAAGUGACUUGUGAGUACCUGGCACCAAACAGAUGUGAUGGUGGUCACUGUCCUAUUCAGAGCCUGCGGGCCAGCCAUGGAGAAGAUCAUGGCCUUCCUUCUCUUACCACCAGAACUGCCUCCCCGUCUGCGUGUUCCUCUCACUCCCUGGUCUCCCCCAGCCUGCUCUGGCAGCGUGUGGUGACAGGGGCUGCCCUUGAGAGCCGCCGCCAACUGUAUAUGUCCUCCCAGCGGGCUGAUUGCAACAGAGCCUCACUCACUCGAGUGCACCGGCAGACCUACGCACGCCUCUACCCUGUGCUCCUGGUCAAGAAGGAUGGUUCCACCAUCCACAUCCGCUACCGGGAGCCUCGACAGAUACUCACAAUGCCCGUGGACCUGGACUCUCUGUCCCCAGAGGAGAGGCGUGCACGGUUCCGGAAACGAGAGGCCCAGGUCAAAGAGAAGGAGGAGGAGCCAGAGCUCGGUGACGACUUCGAUGUGGAGCAGUACAAGCAGUUUUGGACCAAAAAGUGAUGGUGCCUGGAAGCUGCUCUGACCGAGGGGGAUGCUAUGGAGCAGGGAGGGGCAUGUGUCUUUAAAUCAUGUGUUCACGAA